AUGGUCGGUUCCUUCGGCAGAUUCAGUCCUCACGAUGAGCUGAGUGACCUCUUCGGUCCGUCGAGUGGAGAGUUCCAGGCGAUGUCUGCUAGUCCGAAUAGCAUGUUUGAUGACGAGAGGGCGCCGGACAGGAGGGACUCCGGAUAUACUCCGCCUACCUCGGGUCAGGACAGCAAGGAGUUGGCGAGGCAGCAUAAAAGGAAGGAGCAGAACCGGACGGCCCAACGCUUGUACCGGGAACGCAAAGUCCAACGCAUCACCGACCUGGAAGAGGACAUAAAGCGGCUUCAAGGGAAGCUUUCGGUGCUGCAGGAGGAUAACCGUAAACUCAAGCUUGAGGUGUGUCGGAUCAGGACAGAGAACGACGUCUUCCGGAACAAAAUGUCGUCUGGCCAGCAGAUCGACGGCCUUUCGGGGAAGCCUGACAGUGCCGCAAAGCAGGGACAACCUCGGAAGGGUAUCAUGUUGAAAGAUGUCUUGACUGUGUAUGGCGGCUUGUACCAAGAAGGGUUGCGCUGA